AUGGAUAAUGAUGGUGGUGAUGAUGAUGAUGAUGAUGAUGUCUCCGCCAUGGUGGCAUUGGUGAAACAUCAACAACAACAACAACAAUGUCCACUAACAGGCUCGAAGCACGCCAGCACCAACACCACCAGUGGUAGCAGCAGCAACCCAUAUGGGAAUGUGGCUGACGCCUCCACUCAACUGACGACUGCCAGUGCACCUGCACUCAACGUGAGUGAGAUUGCACCAAAAGUGGUGCAACGUGCACAAGGUGCACAGCAUGCUGCCAGUCCACAGAUCCCUCCACCACCACCACCAUCACCACCUACAAUUAGUGAGAGCGUCAGACAUGAGGUGAAGAAGCCAAUUCGACGAAACGGUCCAUCAACGGAUAGGCAGUGA